AUGCUCUGGUCUUCUUUCCUGUGUCACCCGACCUGUGCGAAUGUGUGCUGUGUGUGCUGUGUGGAUUCAGUAAUACCAAUCUGCGCAUUUCAGCGCGACAAACUCACCUGGAACUCAGCUGAAUCUCUCGGUUUUGAUGUUUCCGGGCAACUGAAUGUGCUGCACCAGGCCGCCUCAUGUUUCACCCAGUACGAUAUUCGAGAUAUCGCGAUACAAUUAUAUCUUGGUAAUGGAGCGAGAUGUCCCAAGUGGUUAGAGCGCGAAUUUACUGACCGAAACAUCCGUGGUUCGAACCCGACCUCUGCCCCUCGACUACCCCUGUCUAGGCCUGGGCAACCUGGCAGUAUUCCAACCCUCCUGCAGCCUUCAGGUGGCAUGACAGCUAGGGUGCUAAAACCGAACGAUUUGAUUUUUUGUAAUCCACUACCCACAAGGUUGCUGAAAACCCCUCGAAAGCCCACGACCGGUUUCGCCCUUCUUGAGGCUCAUCAGGCGCAGUCACCGGGUUUCCGUCAACUUGAACCCAAAUUGCACGAAGUUAGUGAACUACACUCAUUUGUAAAACAACUUGGUUUUGCGGGAGACUCACCCGUAACCCAAUCGCGCAGUCACCGGGUUUCCGUCAACUUGAACCCAAAUUGCACGAAGCAACUGAAUGUGUUGCACCAGGCCGCCUCAUGUUUCAUUGGCUACGAUAUUCAAGAUAUCGCUACACAUGCUAUACAUAAUACACAACUCAUAAGGUUGCUGAAAAUUCUUGGACAGCCCACGACCGGUUUUGCCCUUCGACUGAAACAUGAGGCGGCCUGGUGCAGCACAUUCAGCUGCCUGACAACAUCACAAACGAGAUAUUCAGCUGGGUUCCAGUCCCUCUUUGAAAAACCAAACCCUAGUACGCAAAUGAGUGUACUUCACUAA